AUGUCUCUGUUCCCGUUGCUGUUUUCUACCUGGUGGGCCGGCUUGGAUCGACCCCAUGUGCUCAUGGACCAAAACUUUGGAUCGUGCAUAUGUCCUGAUGAUCUGAGCCCUAUAUCAUGGACUGAAAAUUACUAUUUUCCACAAAUCCGGGACAGAUUUGCGUUCACGGACUAUUGCAAUCGACCCUUGGCUGAUCCUUUGACAGAGGAAGAAUGUAGUAAUUGGACACUUCCAGCUGGUAAGGACACCUUUAAAGUCGUCCUGGACGUGAAACAUUUUAAGCCAGAAGAAAUUAAUGUGAGGAUCGUGAACAGGUUCGUCAUCGUCGAGGCAAAACACGAGGAGAAGAAAGAUAAACAUGGUCUGAUAUCGAGACAAUUCGACAGAAAGUUCUGCGUUCCGGCACAGGUGGACAUCGAUCAACUGAAGUCUAAAUUAUCAUCCGAUGGUGUUUUGACUAUUACGGCGCCUGUAAAGAAAGAAGGAAAGGUGACGGAAAAAGGAAAUGUGAACAAGGUCGAGCAAACUGGAAAACCUGCGAGCUCAGAAAGUGCCGAAAAACCUAAGGAAACUUCAACUGAUAAGGUUGAUAAGACGGAAAAAGGAAAUGUGAGCAAGGUCGAGCGAACUGGAAAACCUGCGAUUCCAGAAAGUGCUGAAAAACCGCAGGAAACUUCAACUGAUAAGACGAAAAGGGUCUGA